GAUCGAGUACCAGCACGCAGCUGAAGGUGACUCGUAAAAGGAUCCCCAUCGCUCGGCGACGCCACUCUUAUUUCGCCUCUUUUCACGCCAUUACACAAGCCACUUCUCUUCCAACAUGUCUCCCAAGAAAGCUCUCGUUCUCCUAGCCGAGGGGGCAGAGGAGAUGGAAGCUGUCAUUGCUAUUGAUACACUGAGGAGAGGCGGGAUAGAAGUCAUUGCUGCAGGGCUCGGUGGUGCAGGAGCUAUCAAGUGCAGCCGAGAUGUGGUGGUCAUGCCUGAUGCCGCUCUAGAUGACGCUGCAGGAAAGGGGCCCUAUGAUGCCAUCGUUCUCCCUGGAGGCCUCAAGGGUGCUGAGAGUUUUGGCCAGAAUGCUACUGUGAAGACCCUCCUCACUGACCAAGAGAAAGCUGGCAGAGUUAUUGGAGCUAUCUGUGCUGCCCCUGCCGUCUCCCUCACUGCCCAUGGCAUAGGAGAGGGCAAGAAGGUGACCUGCUAUCCUGCCCUGAAGGACCGCUUAGAUGCCAGCAAGUACACUUACCAGGAUCAAAAAGUGGUUGUGGAUGGCGAGCUCAUCACCUCCCAGGGCCCAGGAACAGCUUUUGAUUUUGGUCUGGCUCUUGUAGAGAAACUUGUGGGUUCUGAGAAGUCUGAUGCUGUUGCCAAGGCCAUGCUGCUGAAGUAAAAUGAAGACAACAAUAGGAACAACAAUGAUGAUAGUUAUAAACAGCUGCUAAAAUUGGAAGAAAGUAUUUGAAUGUCUUUUUUUCUGUUUUAUAUCAAUGUCUUAUAAUGGAAAUGUUCACUGUCAGCAAGAAAUUAAAUAACUAUUUUUGUUUGUUCUCUUUUUAAAAAUUUCUUCACUAAACAUCUCUGUAAAUUGUUCCAUUAUGAAGAAAUAGUAAAUUUGUGUUGAAAAUCAUGAAAUUUUUUUCUCAUUAUUCCUCCAAAAUGAGGAAUCUGUGAUAUGGAAUUGAAAUUAUGGUAAUUUUCAUAUAAGACUUUUAUUUAAAUCCCUUAAUAGAAAUAUGAUCUCUGUGGGAUUUCUUUCCCAUAUUCAUUCAGAAUAUGUUUAGGUUUCAUUAGUGAUAUACAAGAUAUGAUGCUGGUUAUAAACAAAAGGAAAAAAUAUUAGUUGUCAAACUAAGGUGAAUUAUUUUACAGCCUCGCAAAAUGUUUUUAACAACUUGCAUCUCUUUCCUGGUGGGUUGAAAUGAAGGUCUAAUGUUCCAUGUGCAGCAACUAAAAGGAUUACAAUAAGUGAAGCCUGUGUUUGUGAGUAGAAAACUUCAUUGGCCUGCUUUCAAGACUGUAUAUUGGAGAAAUAUAUUAAGGAAGCUGUUUGUCGGAAACUUUGGUAAUGAGAGUUUUGAAGGUUUUCAUAACAGUAUGUUAAAUUUUAUUUAGUUAUUUUCAGUAUUUUCUUUUCUCUUAAUCUUUUUGUGCAGUUAUCUGU